UCUCUCUCUUUGUUAUUCUUUCUAACUAUUUAUGUCUCUGUUUCUUUUUCUCUUUUCAAUCAGCUAAUGAAAUCGAACUUUUAACUCACGUGUUUUUUACAUAUAUCGUAUCUUUAGAUACAUUUUCGAAAUUACAUUAUCGAGAUCUAAGUAUCAUAUUUGUUGGCCAAAAAUAAUUUAAAGAAAAGCUGAAUGAGAGUUAAAAGAAAAAAAAAAUUGAGAUAUAAAUAUUGAUGUAUAUUUCUUUAUAACGCAUCGUUCAAGUUCAUUGUGUUUGAUCGUAAACCGAUGGGGAUUUAAUCGCAGGUGUGUUAUUCUUAAAGAAAAAAAAAUAACGGGUGGUUUCGUCGUGGUGUUGGUGUCCUUGAAGAAUGAAUACGUGUAACGUAGUACAUCGUAGUUGUUAUAUUAUAAAAGAACAACCGGGAGUAAUUAAGGGAUGAAAAAAAGACGAAUGUGAUAAGAAACGCUAACGUGCGUUUAAUUAAGCAAAGAAACUUUAUAAUUCGCUUGCGAAAUGAAAACUGUUUAAAAGCUGUGGUAAGAAUUAGAAGGGAACGUGGAGAAAGAGUCACGUGUUAAAUAAUUAGAUAGAGUUCAAAUCUCGACUUGAAAUCUUACUCAAGGUGAACGCUAAAGUUGUUGUUGUGUAUACGGUCCCACGUGAACGGAAUAUAGCGAUAAUUGCACCAGCUAAAAGAUGUUAACCCUUUACGUUUCAACUACCAACAUUGCUGAAAUAACAACAAGAGAACACAUAUAAACACAUACGUGUACGUAAAACAAGUAGAUACAAUCUAUAGGAAACUUAUCAAAGUAACGAUAUUAUCGAAACUUACACGUAUUUAUUAUUAAGUAUAACUAAAAAAUGAUAAUGUUGACGGCAGUUCUAGCAGUUGGAUUAGAAUGUCUGUAGUUGUUAUACCAGCAACGUUAUAGUUAGUUUGAGAACGAAGAGUUAAACGAGAAUACGUUUCAAUACGAUGAUUAUUAUUAUUCAUAGGAAAAAAAGAAAUUCUUUUUUUAAUUUAGUGAUAUAUCGUGUAUGUAUAAACGGGUACUGCUUGUCUUCGUAAAGACAGUCAUGGACGUAAAAUCGUUAAGUAGGUUAGUGGGUAGCGAGAGAAACUUUGGUUGAACCUUUGCCGAGUGAACAGGACUUCUAAGGGUGUUAUUGCUAGCCCUUAGGAGCAUAACUUACACGGUAAAUUAUAUCCAAAUAGCAUUUCAUUUUAUUUUCUCAUUGUGGUUCUAUAUAUAAUAAUGCCGGUCGUAAAUCUUUAUGGAAAUGAUUAUCGGAUGAAAGAGACGCAAAGUUUCGAGCAAUAUUCUACACCGUUUGAUAUCAUUACCAAUAGCAUGAUAUAGAGCCGUUAUAAUCUAAUGAAUUCUUGGGAUAAAACGCAAUGAUCUUUUGCUAGCACGCUCUUUCGAAACGUGCAAGAUGAUGCACGCAACGUGUCUAACAAAAUAUAAUGUUGUAUUAUGAUAUCGUGAAAUUCUUCGUAUGAUUUCUUUUCUUUAUAUAUGUAUAUAUAAAAUUUAUUCGAUUUUGUCAAGACGAUCCAAAAAUUUGAAACUUGUCGUCCUGAAAGAGAGAAUAUUGCGUUUUAUGUAAAAAAAAGCGGAGGUACAAAGCCAAGAUCGAUGAAUCGAGUCGAAGGUCAUGUUUCGAUCGUUCUUUUACGCGACUAUUAGACUGUUCGAUGAGUUCCCGGCGAAAAUGUUACUUUUUUUCUUUUUGUUUUAAAUUACCAACGCUCGUCGUCGAUGUAAUGGCGAGAGUGAAGAUUGCAAAUCGAUUCUUAUUCCAGCGGCGUAAUAACCAUUAGACACGAAAACUGAACGUGUUAUACGACGUCGCCGUUGCUUUCGUUUUUGCAGACACCUGCUUCUAUCUCUAUCUCUCUUCUUUUUUCUUUUUCUUUCUUUAUCCUCUUUAGAAAUUCGUCUCUCGUUUCGCGAACUACUCGAAAAGUUAAAAGCUUCUGAUAAAUGACUUUCACGCCUUGCCUCGAGUCUUAAUUAAUAAUAAUAUUAUCUAUCAAAGACUUUAGAAUUUCGAAGAAAGAUACGACAAUACGAUCUACGUCUUUGUGAAACUAUUUAGAAAUUUAUAACGAACGUGUGAGAGAUCUUUUGAAACCAUCCUCGAGUAGCCAUAAUCUAAAAGUUCGUGAACAUCCUCGACUAGGUCCUUACGUCCAAGGAUUGACAUAUCACGUGGCUCAUACAUUGGAAACGUUAAUGUCAUACGUCGAGGGAGGUACAAAAGCCAGAAAGACAGCCGCAACGUUACAAAAUUCCAACAGUAGUCGUAGUCACGCAUUGCUCACAAUUCUUCUUAAUCCGGAGAUAGGAACGGCGACAGCUACGACAGGGCAACAACCAACGAAGGGAGGAAAUACCAAUAGCAAAUACAAUGAUGGCGCGUCCUCUUCUAGGCGCAACGACGUCAUACCUCGUAAUAACGGCAGUAAGCUGCAUUUGGUCGAUCUAGCCGGUAGCGAAAACGCUCAAAGGUGCGAUGGUGUGCAUCGACUAAAAGAAGGUGCGAAUAUAAAUAAAAGUUUGGUAGCCUUGGGCAAUGUUAUUUCGGCUUUAACGGGGAAAGUCUCAGGUGCUAGUGGUUCUAGUAGAAGGUAUAUCCCUUAUAGAGAUUCUUCGCUUACUUGGCUUCUGAAGGACGCACUUGGUGGAAAUGCUACCACCGUUAUGCUCGCAACCGUAUCACCAGCCAGUGAAAAUUACAACGAAACCGCGCAUACGUUACGAUUCGCUCAAAGGGCGCACAGCGUGGUCAAUAAACCCAUGGUCAAUGAAGAUCCCAUGGCAAAAACAAUCCGUGAAUUAAGGGCUGAGAUAACGAGAUUGAAAUCUUUGUUAUUAGAGAAGAACAUCGAGCCAGAUAAAACAUCAUUACAAGAUGAAUCUGGGACGAACGAUUCAGGAAAAAAGAAGGAUCAGUCGUCGAAAAAUAGCGUGCUGGGAAAUAAACAGAGAAUCGAAACUUAUCGACAGAUAGAACAUAUAAAAGAAGGUGUUAGUAGUGUUGGUGGUAGUAGUGGAGUUCUUUCUUUAAUCAGAAGGGUAAAUUCAACUGAGAACUUAGCAAAUCACGACAAUGCCUCCGUAAAAUCUAUUAGAAAAUUUGGCUCGUACGAACGUCUCGAUUACAAAACGAAAACUAGUUACAGUUAUAAUCGUGCCGAAGUUUCCGAGUUAGAGGACGAAGGAAAUGAUUUCAUCGGAGAAAUAAACGAAGCUGUAUUCGUCGACAUUCCAACUCUUGUCGCGGUACUUAUAAAACCGGAUAAUAAUUUCCACGAGAGCUCGACACAAAUCGAAGAGAUUUGUUCUGACGAGAUACACGAUUAUCCGAUCGAGUCGGAUUUUAUAGGAAGUAAUAACCUUCGUGAGAUCUGUAAAAAUCGUACGAGCAAAGCUGCGAACGACGACUAUGAAGAUGAAAAUAAUCAUUUCGAUCUAGAUCUGGAUAAUGAAAUAAACGAUACUCGUUCGAAUAUCAUUCAUUCGAAAAGAAAAGAAAAAUCUAAAUUUUGUAAACAAGAUUCCAUCAAUGUUGCAACACCAACGGAAACAUCUACGAACUUGUAUAUGUCAAGAAAAUUUGGUUCUGUCGAGAUAUUACAAAAAAAACGUGAUAAUCUAGCGACUCUAGAGAGAUCCAACACGAAUUUGGAGAAACAAUCGACGGUACCUGAGGAAGUCGACAUAGAGAAUAAACUCGUAAAUAAAAGAAAAGCCGAAAAUUCUAAAAGUGAUAGCUAUACGAGUUUAUGGAAAGAUACUAAUAAAUUUGAUAGUAGAGAUCAUCUUCAAAGAACUGGUAGUAAUGAGUUUGAAAAAAAUUCCAAAGAUAAUUCAUCCGUGAUAGGUCUUAUAGGGAAGAUUAAAAAUACAGCGAGAAAGCCAAGUUUAGAAAAUUUAAAGAGGAAGACUAGUAAGGACAGUAGUUCGAGUAGCUCGAAAGACGAACAGAUAUUGAUUUCGAGUUUGACGAAUGAUAAGGUCUUAAGGAGAAAAGAUUCGUUGGAUCAUAGUCCAUCUACAAGGGUUCACACUCCUGUACAAAAAGCGAAGAGAGCGGAGAUCGUAGCUGCUGUUACGGAAAGAUUAUAUUCGAGUAGGAAACAGGUGGAAGACAUGACAACCGUGACAGGGUCCGCAUCAACGUCUCUGUCAGGUAUUCGUUCUCCUCCAGAGGGAACGGAUGUUAGAUUAACGACUUCCUCUUUGACGGCUAAAACGAAACUUCAAGAGAUAUCGAGGAAGAUGCUAGCCAAACGACGGCGUGUCAACGUCGACACGCAAACGGAACAAAUGCAAACGAUUCGUAUGAAGGAUUCGGCAUCUUUGACGGAUGAGACAAAAAUUGUUUGUCAAGACGUAGGUGUAUUAACUGACGAGCAUAACGAUUAUCAAACGAAGAUGGACAAUAGAUCGCCUGUUAUUAGAGUAAAGGAAAUUGCAACGUUAACGGACAAAUUAAAAAGCGAAAUCAUGGAAUCUAAAGAUGCGGAGUGUCUGGUGAAUGAUCUCAAUUUUUACGAAUACGGUGUGAAUUUUUUAAAUAAUAAUUCCAAAAUAUUAUUGGAAGAUAUAAGAACGUAUACAAGUAGAAUGUCUAACACAGAUACUUCAGAAUUAUGUUUAGCUAACGAUAAAAAAGUCGAUCGUUUUGAUAAAUCAACGAAUACCGUGGUCGUUCCUGUUGCAGUCAAUUCUAUCGUUCAAACGCAACAGCCACCGGAGCAAUCCGUCGUACAAGAAAAAACAACGCAAUAUUUUGGAGAGAAUUACAAUGCAAUUGAAGAAUCCAAUCCUACAAUGGCUGUACAGAAAUCAGAGAGAAAUGUUAUUUCCAUGUGUUUACCUGACACGAUUAGUAUAACUAUCGAAAGCUCGAAUCUUUUAGAAUCAAAAGUUGUUAUAAUUGACGAUACUUUAAAUAAGACAAGUAUCUCGGAGAAAAGAGAUAUAUCUCAUUUAAAAGACAACGAGUGUCAAACUGAAAUUGAAAAGAAAAAUGUCAAACAGGAGGACAAGAGUAAUGAUUGUUACGUAAAAGGAUUUGCAACAAAAUCAAGUGUCAGUCAGACGGAUAGCAAAUGUUUUAGAAUCGAAAAUAUCUUUGAAGAUCCUCGACAUAUCUCUAAGAUACGUACUCAAUCGGAAGAAAAUACUUUGAAUACAUCUAAAAACACAGCUACGAAAGCAUCAGUUACUUUUACCAAUUCUUUGGGUACUUCUUUCAUUCCAGAUACCAAAGAAUGUGCUACCGAUAUGAACAAGGGACAGGUUUAUGCACUUCAAAGUGGUCGAUCGUUUAACCGAGACAAAAGCUUCAGAGAAACAUUUAUUUCGAAAAAAUAUAAUAAUCCAUUAGCUACAGAUAUUUGGAAAAAUUGGAUGAUUUCAUUUCCUCCAACUUCGUGGCAACACCAAAGAAAUGUAUUAUCAGUUAACGGGUUGACCUUUGCAUGGAAUAAUUCUCUAAAUAAUGAUUGUACCGCGAUCGUUAGUACUACGGAUUUGAAAGAACCUAAUCUAAAUUCCAAUGUCUUUCUUCCCAAUAAUAUGUACGAUAAUAACGAAGUUACAGAUUUAAAAUCUCCAUCUUUAAUCGCCAGAAUAGAUUCAAAGAGAUUGUUAGAACACGAUUAUAACUUUUCAGAUGACAGUCUUGAUUAUAACGAGGAAAAUGUUAUCUCUAAUUCGAAUAAUAUAAAUACGGACACUCCUGAGGAGAGUGAAAUUUUUGAAAAUAUUUGUCCACCUGACGUCGUUGCUCAUACUAAGAAAGAAAAUUCGACUUCAUUAGGAAAUACUUGCGACAAUAAUGUCGAGGUCUCACUCGCGAAUCAUUUCGAAGAGGAUCUAGUAGAAUUCCCAAAGAAAAAACCCGUUGAACCAAUCGAUGGAUCUUUCAUUUCUGUUCACGAUUAUAAAUCAUUGAUUUUAGGUAAAGAUACAAUCAACAUCGAUAAUUCACAGGAAGCUCGAAAUAAUUUCGGAGAAAAAUCAUCAAAUUUUUUGAAAAAUUCUUGCAAGAAAAAAGUAACUUUUAUGGAUAGCAAAACUUCAAGGGAACAUCACAAUCAGAUUGGACCAACAGAAGCAAAUUCAUUAAGUCAAAGUAAAACUUUUUCCAAGCCUUUUAUUAAAAAAAAGAUGCACGAACAUAAUGCUAAUGAUGAUGAUUGUCAGGCUCUUCAUAUGAACGAUAAAGAAUUAUUGAUAAAUAAAGAUAAAACUUUGGAUAAUCAUCUUGAAAAUAUAAAUAAUAGCGAAAAUGAUAACAUCGAAGAUUGUGUGCAAGAGAAAAAGACAUCGGCUAAUUUUGUCAAGGUUUCGAGUAAUAAAAACAUCAAGUCCUGCGAAAAAAAUAGUUUUCAAAAUAGUUGCAGUGAUUCCGAUAGUAGUGAGGACAUUAACAGGGACGGGGAUUGUGUUAUAAAAUUAAAGAGGAAAAUAUUACAAGAAUACGUUAACGAGGCAACAACGUUUAUGCGUAACAUGAAUUCUCUCAAUGAAUAUAUAAAUACUACAAAUAUAUGUGGGAAACAUCAGAAACAAGAUAAAAAACGAGGAAAUCAUCGACGAUGUCCUCAACGAAAUGAAAACUAUACGGAAUUGAGAGAUCGUAAAGUUAUCGAUAAUAAUAAUGAACUAUUAGAAGAAACUGACGUGAUAGUGCCCACAGAAUCUUUUAAAAAAUGUUUAGAAGGUAUCGAGAGACUAGAAAAUUGUAUAGAAAAAACAAACAAACACAAUGAGUAUCUUCGUGAAAAAUAUGGCAUCGUCAUUGAAUCUGCUGGCGCUAAAUCUGGUUUAGCGAGCUCUAGUAUAGAUUCUAGUGUAAAUUCUAAGAUCUUUUCUAAUCCUGUUCGAAAAUAUACAGACUUACAGGAAGAACCUAUUAUUUCGGAAACCUUAGAGAAUUUAUUUCCUUCGAACAGGUGUUCUUUUAAAGAUUCUUCCAUGUCGAGAUUUACAGAAGAUCCAUAUGAUCCAUUAAGGAUCUAUGAUGACUUUUACGAUACGAAUAAUCAAGAAGUGUUUAGUAUAAAAAGUAAAACUGAAAGAAAACAUUCUAAUCGAUUAAUAAAUGCUUAUCCAUCUUGCCAUUGUCGUACAAAAAAUAUUUUCUAUAGAAAAGAGAAACAAUUUCAAAACAAUACUUGCAAACUUUAUCAUUUUUAUGAUGAUAGAAGUAUGAACGAUCUUCUCGAUGAUUCAGCCGCAACGGAGGAUGAAAAUAUAGAGUUGUCAAGUAAUAUUUUAAUGAAGCCUAUAAAGUAUUACGAACAUUUAGAAAAAUCAUUCGAGGAUAAUGGCUUUCCAAGAUUGAUGACAAACACUUUUUUGAGAUGUACAAAAAAUGAAACACCGAAUUUUGUUAAUUCAAGAAUAUUCCAUCGGGCUACUGUUACUGAUACUAAGCCAUAUUCCUGGGAAAGAUGGCGAUAUCGCCCUGAAAGUCCAAGAGCAAAAUUUUUAGAAUUGUUGCACGAAAGACGACGCAUCGUUGAAAACAGCAGAGAUGUCACAUUUUAAAAUAUCAUAUCCAUCAAAUGUGUAAAUUAUAAAUUCAUUUCUCCGAUAUAUUUUUCUACAUUAAUGAUUAAGUAAAACAAAAAAAAUAAUGCAAUAAUGAGACAAAAAAUUGACAGAUACUAUUUCUAUCUUUCUCACUGUCCUAUUUUAACACAAUUAACAGUAAUUUAAUUAUUUUCUACCAGUUAUUUAAGAAUUACAAUGCAUUUAUACAUACUUAUACUUACACAUAUGUACAUUAGAAUAUAAUAAGACUUUAAAAAUUGUAUAAUUGAUACAUACAUUUUUCUCUUGAAACCUAAGAUUCUUAAUGACUUCAAUGAUCUAAUAUAAGAAUAACAAUCUAUUUAUUUUCAAUAGAUAGAAAAUUCUUAAUUAAACAAUAAAAUUAAAUUGCGACAAAGAUAUUGUCACUUUAUGUUGAAAAGUCAUCAUUUAUUACAAAACAAUUCCUUUUAUUUAUUUCCUGCUCAGUCUUUAUCAAAGGAUUCAAUUCAAUUGUCUUUUUUCACACAAAUAUUAUAGAGAAAUUAUUUAUAAAUAAUAAUAUUAUUCGCCAUAUCUUUGUUCUCGCUUACUAUAUUUUUUUAGUAUCCAAAUGAAGUCCUUUACUGACACAUUGUGGCAUUCAGGUAACGUGCUGAAAAUAUAUAGAAAUAAAUCUAUAUCAAUUUGUUUAAAUAAUUUAGUUGAUAUUUUUACAUACACAAAUCCUGUUGUCCUAAUAUGCCAUGGAAGAAAACCAUAUGUAGAGCAAAUAUGUCCAUGUAUUAAAGCUAGAUCAGGAUCAGGAAUUCCUUUCAAUGUCAUUUUCUCACAAAUAAAAUUCUCAUUGAUUUCUUCUAUUUUUAAAUUUUUUGUUGUUACAGCUUCUGCUAAAUGCUGCGUUAAUAAUACUACUCCUCCCUUUCCGCUAUUCUUACAUGGUAAUAAUAUUCGAAUCACAGUGUUAGAACCUAGAAAAAUAUAUAAAAUGUUAUUAUAGACAAACAAAAAGCAUUAAGUAUAAAGUUACAAACAAAUUGCAUAUAAGAAAUUUAUUUUCAUUACUGUUUCAAUUAGAUUCAUUUUCAACUGUAUCAAUCCAACAAUCAAUUGUUACAUAAGGUAGGCACAAUGAACCUUCUUGAAUACAUCAAUUUUUCAAAAGGAUUGGCCCUCUUCAGAAGUGGUGUCAAUUUCCAUGUAAAGGAAUACUUUUAAAAACUUAUUGGUAAUAUUC